CAACAAUUGGGAUUAUUUUAUAUUCAGUAACAUACUACAUACAUAUGCCGUAUUAUUUCACUAUCUAGAUAAACACGGCUAAGUGCCAUGAGUACCCAGGCAGGCAGCGAAGUGAAAGUGUUUCUUCGCACGCGACCGACUGCUAACUUUGCCGAAAACCUGAUUGAAUACGUUGACGGACAGACAGUGAAUGUCCACCAGAAGAAGGACUCCCGAAAGGGAGUUGUGAACAACCAGCUGAACUCCUGGUCGUUCCGGCUCGAUGGGGUGCUGCAUGAUGUGUCCCAGGAGGAGGUGUAUGCUCGCGUGGGGCGAGGGGUGGUGUUGGGAGCCGUGGAGGGGUACAACGGCACUGUGAUGUGUUUUGGGCAGACUGGGGCAGGAAAGACAUACACCAUUACUGGAGCCUCUGGGAGUUACCAAGAGAGAGGCAUCAUCCCCCGGGCCAUACAGGAGGUGUUCCAUGAGGUGGACCAACGUUCCACCCACACAUUUAGGGUCCAAUUGUCCUACCUGGAGAUCUACAAUGAGUCUCUGGUGGAUCUGUUGGCGUCUUUACGGGGCUGCCCAGGGGCAGGACCAGGGCCAGGUGGUAUGGCGGUGGUAGAGGAGGCAUGUGGAGGGGUGUCAAUUCGGGGGCUGUCUCUGCAUCUUGUCCACAGCGAGGAGGAGGCCCUCAACCUGCUUUUUGAGGGGGAGAUGAAUCGCAUCAUAGGCACUCAUGCCUUGAACAAGAACUCUUCCAGAUCUCACUGCAUUUUCACUGUCCACAUUGAGUCUCACUCCCGUACUCUGUCCGAGGCAAAGUAUGUCACCUCCAAGCUGAAUCUGGUGGACUUGGCCGGGUCAGAAAGGUUGGGCAAAAUCGAACCCGAGGGCCAGAUGCUCAAGGAGGCCAUGUACAUCAACAAGUCCUUGUCCUUCCUGGAGCAGGCCAUCCUGGCCCUGGCAGACCGCCGUAGAGAUCACAUCCCCUUCAGACAGAGUAAACUCACCCACGCCCUCAAAGACUCACUGGGAGGUAACUGCAACACGGUGCUGGUCGCCAACAUCUAUGGAGAAGCUGCUCAUGUAGAGGAAACUCUUUCCACGCUGCGCUUUGCUAGCAGGAUGAAGCGUGUCCAGACCGACCCCAUCAUCAACCAACACACUGACCCUGUGCUCCAGGUCCGGAAGCUGCAGAAGGAAAUCCAGCUACUGAAACAGGAGCUAUCACUUCAUGACACAAUGGCUAACCGUAUGGAAACCUCUUACGAAACAUUGUCUGAGGCCCAGGUGGCAGAGGUCCAGAGUCAGGUGCAAAGGUUUCUGGAGGGCAGUCUGGACGAGAUCAAUAUUGAGAGCAUCAGGCAGAUCCAGGAAGUGUUUCGCCAGUUCAAGCAGGCCCUGGAGCUGCAGGAGCAGAAGGUGAAGGCCCAGCUGUGUCAAAACUACACCCUGGUGGAGAAGGACCAGAGUACAGCCGACUCCUCUGCAGCCAAGCCACAAAGCCCUAGCGGGACAGUGGGAAAGGUGGAGGGACGCAGGUUUGGUGUUGGGGUGGCAGCUCCAUCGGAGAGGCACAUCAGGUCCCAGUCUCCAGGCAGGACCAAGACUCUGAGGACUAAAGAUCUGACAAGACAGGGGAGGAAGGAUGCAGAAGUAGAGCCUUUAAACCCAAUCCUGAGGGAGAAUGAGCAUGACCCAAACAGCCUGGAUCCUCAAAAACCACAGAGAAUUGACUCACCUCCCCCAAAGGCAGAUGCCUUUGAGGACUUCAAGGCAGAGCAGGGCAGCGAAAUCAACCGCAUUCUGAAGGAGAACAAGGUGGUGUUGCUGGAGUGUCGCGCCCGCCUUCGUGAGCUGACAGAGGGUGUGAACACAACCAAGAGAGAAAUCGACAGCACGAGCACCACCCUCCGCCAAUGGAAAGACAGGCAACAGAGUCAGGGUCAGUUUAUAAGUGCGGAUGGGGUUCCGGUGCUGGAUGAGGCAGAGCUGUCUCUGGUGCUGCGACUAAGGGACUUAAAGACUCACUACCGCCAGCAGUACGAGGAGCUGCACUGCAUUAAGGCAGAGGUCAACUACUGCCAGCAUCUAGUCGACCAGUGCCGAACACGCCUACUGACCGAGUUUGAGAGCUGGUACAAUGAAUCCUUCCUGCUUCCUGAGGAGGUGCAGGCGUUGCUGAGAUCUGGAGGGACCAUCAGGCCUGGACUGGUACCUGUGGACAAGGCCCUUUCCCUGGAGGAGGAUGAGCAGGAGCACUUUGAGCGUCGGCGGUACGAGCUGCUAGCAGACAGUCCCAGUGCCACCAUCUUCUACAGUGCUCACAACAGGACAGUAAAGAGGAGGAACUACAAUAAGGCCUUGUCUCAGUCUUCAGUUCAAAAAACAACAAACCGGAGCUCUCAGAGAACCAAACUCCCUGCAAUUCUUUCUGUUAUCUAAGGGAGAAGCCUUCAACUAAUCUGUAUUCAUUGGCUAUAUUCCCUUCACUUUUUUCUAUUGCCUUAUGCAUUUCCUUAAAAAAAAGACAAAUAAACCACCUAACAUUAAGCCUUAAAUGUGAUUUAGAACAUUUUUGCCUCUCCAUCACUGACCAACAUUUCACCCAACAUGUUUCUUUUACAUUUGACUGUCUUCUUUCACUGCUGGCCCCACACACUAAGGGUAUAUUUACAUAUGAGAGAUUUAAAUGCUAGAUAGACUGAUCUUUGUUUGCCUAGACAUGUCCAUAGCAUUUGAAGUUACACUGGCAUAAGAAACUUGAUACAGUUCCAACACAAGUGUCUGUUGGACAAUUGUAAAAAUGCCCUGUGUACUGAGCUAAAUCGAAAACAAUCAUAUCUUAGUUAUACAAACAAAUGAUGACAAAGGUAUUGAUGCGAUUGACUGGCCCUCACGUUUCCCAGGCCUGAAUCCCAUUGAGAACCUCUGGGAUGUUAUGUAUUGGUGCAUCCAACACUGCCAAUUAGCGCUACAGACGGUCCAGGAGUUCACUGAUGCCUUGAUCCAGAUCUGGGAGGAGAUCUCCCAGGACACCAUCCGCCAUCUCAUCAGGAGCAUGCCCAGAUGUUGUCGGGAGUGCAUACAGGCGCGUAGGGGGCAUACACACUACUGAGUCACAUUGCGUUGGUAUGAUGAAAUUUGCUCAAGUUGGAACAGCCUGUGAUUUCAAUUAUUUAAUCCAGCCCUCAAUCGGUUGGUGGAUUUGGUUUCCAUUGACCGUUGUUUAAUUCAAGUCAAGUUCAAGUUCAGUUCACUUUGUUGUCAAUGAAUUGCACAAUGUACUGUAGAGAUUUUGAUCUUUAAUAAAUUUCCUUCAUCGAGAAUCGAUACGU